AGCACCAGUGUAGGAUUGUGUGGGAUUGUGUGGGAAGGCUUGGAAAAUAAACGCCGUGCAUUCCCCUGGUUGGCACAGAUUAAUAUUGUACGUCCUCCUCAAGGUUCCAAUUGCAUGGGUUCAUUAGUUUCCUCAAGUUACAUCUUGACAGCGGCUCACUGCUUCAAAGAGGGAGACACACCUGAUAAGAUAACAGUUAAACUGAAAAAAGGCCUGGUAGUAAAAGUGAAAAAUUACACAAUUCAUCCUGAUUUUAAACCAACAGCAAAACAGCAUAAGGGAAUACAUGAAUAUUAUGAAUUUGAUGUAGCUCUUAUACAGCUGGAAAAAGCUGUUGAGAUGAAUUUUAAUCUACGACCAAUCUGCAUCCCAUGCACAAGAGAAACCAAUGGAGCUCUGAAACUUUCAGAAAGUGAAGGGACUUGCAGAAAACAUGAGGAAAUACUAAUGAACAAUGAGUUUGUGGAAGCUGCUUUCACGUCUGAUAUGGAUACUGAUAAUAGUCCAAAAAACAUAAAAAGCAUCACAAUCAAGCAUGGAAAAUAUCGGGAUGCUUGUGUUGAAGAUGCAAAAAAAGCAAAAGGAAUUAAUGUGGAAAAUGCCAGAGAAGUAGUUACAGACAAUUUUCUGUGCAGCGGUGGUAUUGAACCAAAAACAGAUGAUGUUGCCUGCAAAGGUGAUUUUGGUGGGGCCACUUAUGUGAAUAAAAAAGGUCGAGUGAUUCAGGUUGGUGUUGUAAGCUGGGGAGUGAAGGAUGUCUGCAAGGAAAAAAGGAGCUUCACUUCGGAUGCAGACUCCAGAGAUUACCAUUCAAAUCUUUUCAGUGAGAAGAUACGAUCAUUCCUUAAAGAACACCUAGAAAAUGACCGCAUAGGACAACCUCUUACAUUCUUGUGAUUGCUUUAC